AUGCAAGCUGAUCUUUCAUACUAUUCACAUACGAUUGAAUGUAGUUUUUUGAUUGAACGCUUGGAGCGUUGUUACGCCGAUCAUCCAUUUGGAAAAUUUUUUGGUUGCUGUGAUAAAAACGCAAAUGACGUCGCUCUCUGUUGCCACGAGGAACGAGUUUUAAAAAGGAAAAAUAAUCCACGAUAUUCUUCAAGACCAGAAGAGAACCACUGUUUGCCAGAAAGUUCAUAUACAGCUACUCUCAAUAAAUUGAAAGAAGAAGGUGUACUUAUCAUUAGACCAGAAGGUAGGGGUUUAAAAUGUGAUAUUUUAGUGAUGAUUUGA